UCCAACAAAAAAACAUUUAACUUUUGUUUACAUCGAUCUGCUCUGCCGCAAAAGUUAAAUUACUAAACAAUGGCCGAUGCGUGGGACAUAAAAACGCUUAAGACGAAGCGGAACACACUCCGCGAGAAGCUGGAGAAGCGGAAAAAGGAGCGCAUCGAGAUACUGUCCGAUAUACAGGAGGAUCAAACGAAUCCCAAAAAAGAACUCGUUGAGGCUGACCUGGAGGUGCAGAAGGAGGUGCUGCAGGCAUUGAGUGCCUGCUCCCUGGCCCUGCCCAUCGUUUCGACGCAGGUGAUGGAAAAGAUUGCCGCUGCCGGCAGCAGCCUCGAAAUGGUCAACUUUAUUCUGGGGAAACUGGCUAACCAGGGUGCCAUUUCGAUUCGAAAUGUGACCAUUGGCACGGAGGCGGGCUGUGAAAUCAUUUCGGUGCAGCCCAAGGAGCUAAAGGAGAUUCUGGAGGACAUCAACGACACUUGUCUGCAGAAGGAGGAGGAGGCAAAGCGAAAGUUGGCAGAGCUUGUGGAAGCCGAAGAGGAUGUCCAGCCUCUGGAAAAAACGAUGAAGAUGGAUUGUUCCUCCCGCAAGGAUGCGCCCAAUGACAUAAUGAUGCUGCUGUCGAUGCCCUCGACCCGCGAGAAGCAGAGCAAACAGGUGGGCGAGGAGAUCCUAGAGCUGCUGACCAAACCCACCGCCAAAGAGCGCUCCGUGGCAGAGAAAUUCAAGUCGCAUGGCGGGGCACAGGUCAUGGAGUUCUGCUCCCACGGCACCAAGGUGGAGUGCCUCAAGGCACAGCAGGCCACCGCAGAGAUGGCGGCCAAGAAGAAACAGGAGCGCCUGGACGAGCAGGCACUGAGAGGAGAGGAUGCGGGCAACGGCGGCGGCAGCAGCAGCAGCACAAAGCCACCAAAGGCCGGAACUCCACUGGAAACCACAUCGGAGGAUGGCGAAGUUAUAUCCGAAACGCUGACCAAUUGCGAGGGCGAGUCCCAAGAGUCCACCGAUGGCAGCGAUGCCUCCGGCGAGACGCGCGACAAGUGCACCAAGCUCCACUUCAAGAAGAUCAUUCAGGCGCACACGGACGAGUCCCUGGGGGACUGCAGCUUCCUGAACACCUGCUUCCACAUGGCCACCUGCAAGUAUGUGCACUACGAGGUGGACACGCUGCCGCACAUCAACACGAACAAGCCCACCGACGUGAAGACGAAGCUCAGCCUGAAGCGCAGCAUCGACCCCAGCUGCACCCUGUACCCGCCCCAGUGGAUCCAAUGCGAUUUGCGGUUCCUCGACAUGACCGUGCUGGGGAAGUUUGCGGUGGUCAUGGCCGAUCCACCCUGGGACAUACACAUGGAGCUGCCAUAUGGCACCAUGUCCGACGACGAGAUGCGUGCCCUGGGUGUGCCCGCGCUCCAGGACGAUGGCCUGAUCUUUCUCUGGGUAACUGGUCGUGCCAUGGAGCUGGGCCGCGAUUGCCUCAAGCUCUGGGGCUACGAGCGGGUGGACGAACUCAUUUGGGUGAAGACGAACCAGCUGCAGCGCAUCAUACGCACUGGACGCACCGGCCACUGGCUGAAUCACGGCAAGGAGCACUGUCUGGUGGGCAUGAAGGGCAAUCCGACCAAUCUGAAUCGCGGCCUCGACUGCGAUGUGAUCGUGGCCGAAGUGCGCGCCACCUCCCACAAGCCGGACGAGAUCUACGGCAUCAUCGAGCGCCUCAGUCCGGGCACUCGCAAAAUCGAACUCUUCGGCCGCCCGCACAACAUUCAACCGAAUUGGAUAACUCUGGGCAAUCAAUUGGAUGGCAUACGCCUCGUCGACCCCGAGCUGAUCACGCAGUUCCAGAAGCGCUAUCCCGAUGGCAAUUGCAUGUCCCCAGCGGCGGCGGCCAAUGCAGCUGCCAGCAUCAAUGGCAUUCAAAACUAAAGUUAAAGAUUGGGAUAAACUUACAUUAAGAUAAACAAAAGCUAAGGCAGGAAAGUAAACUUGGACGAGGAUGAGCUAAUAAAUGUAGAUUUAAAUCUCUCAUUUUUAUAUGUUUUUGCUGCGAUUCGGCUGAUUCUGAUUUAUGGAUUUGGGAAACCGAAACAUAGCGACUCAGCUGCCCUAGGAAUUGCCCGAAUCACAGCGAAAGUUGUAAUGGAAUUCCUGUUCCUGUUUCUGAUAUUUGUAUAGUCUUUGCUUUGAAUACAUUUAUUGCUCUUUUUUCUUUGCGCGUAUAUACAAUAGUGCGAUAAAUAUCUAUAUAUAUGUGCGUAUAUAUAGUAGAACCAAUAAAGAACUAAUUGUUAAGACUAAUAAUUAUCUCUGCACAUACGCUGCACAGUAUGUGUGUGUGUUGAACUUAUAAGACUUAAAUCAGUAGAGCUGCAGAGAGUAGUACAUGGGUUUAGGUUACUGUUUUUAUAGUUAUAAAGAAAUGCUGGCCUUAAGUGUCUGCUGCUGGGUAACUCUGCGCUGGAGCUGGCUGCUGGUUCUGCUCUAGAGGAGGCGCCUCCUGGCUCCUGGCAAAAGUGUAUUUACAUGUCAGGAAACCAAAGACCUUUCAUCGUCUAAGAACUCUUUUUUUUGUUUCAUUGCUUCGUAACAAUAAAUUUAGAUUUAACAUAAAUUUGA